AUGUUAUUAAAUUCAUUAACUUGUAUACAAAUUAGAAAUAAAAUUACUAUUAGUAAUUUUAAACAAUGGAAUAAUACUUUAAUAUUUAAAAGAUAUGAUGGUAAACAUGUUUGGUAUUUACCUAAAUUUAUACCACAUGAGUAUGGAUUUAGAAGAAUAAGUAGAAAGCCACCAUUUUUUAAAUUUCGUAAAUUUACAUUUCCAAAAUUAAAUCAUAAAUUUCAUAAAAUGAAUUCUAACUUAAUUCCAAAUACUUCUGAUCCUUUGUUUAAAUAUAUUUCAAAUGGUUCUGAUAUAAUUAUAAGAUAUGGUUGGGAAUCUAAAUCUAAUGAUUAUCAUAUACUUAAAGAUAAAAUCAAGAGUAAAUAUAAAUUUGUUAAUGUUAUUGGAAUUCCAUCCGAUUCUGAUAAUUUACAAAUAUUAAAUGAAUAUGAAGAUGUUUUAAUCAAUAUUAAUAAUAUUAAUGAUUUAAUUUAA